CCUCGUGCUAUUUCAAACUUGGUGAUCUAGUUGCUGAACAUAUUGAUCACCUACAUUAUGUGAAUGACUUAUUGUCACUCGACAUCGAGGCUAUCAAUGAGGUUCUGUGCGAUCAACUCCUGCAUCGCCUGUUCAUCCCGCUGCUUGUGUAUUCCCUUACGAAGCGCUAUAAACGAUUGGCUCCCAAGCCCGGCGUCAGUCGUCCACACGUGAGCAAUCCAGUUGCAACGCUAAUGCUUCUUCACGCCUACCUGAUUAUUGGGCACCCGGAUUUGAUACGUAUUCUAACUGAAGCGAUCUUUCUAGGAGAUCCCAGUCUGACAGAUUUGGUAUCACGUUGGAAUCAACGAUCUCCUACACGCCUGACCUCGACUUGCCGCGACAGUCAAGAUCUUACAUCAGAGCGAUCGGAAGAUGAGGGUACUCAUUCUGAUUGCGACGCAUUAUCAGAUGAUGCAAACCCGGCAAUCCACAUUGCUGAAUCAUUAGUAGCUGCUACACUGGCCCUACGCAGUGCCAGAUCGGCUGCCGCCGGCAAACGAUUGACAGCCUAUAUGGAAUCGGGUCGGUCGUUAAAUAGGCACCCAGCUUUCCUGCAACCGAGUGAGUCACUUGAAGCCUGUCUCCGGCAUGCCAGAGGAGUGACUCCGGCCCUACUUGCUAGUCUGUGGCCAUCUUCAUUAGAACCACUGGCGUUGACCGAUCGAUUUAAAUGCGAAUCAGAGCACAUCGGAGAAACCCCAGUUGAUACAGGCUUUAUGGAGCCCCAGACUAAUCAACUUGUGGAGUGCACAGACCCUCAAUCUCAACCUCCUACCGAAACCUGUGCUGAACAGCGUGUCAGUAGCUCAUCUGUUUCUGAAAUGAACGAAUCGUUUCCUCGGGGCUCAAGUCCUCCACCCAUAGGAUCCACGCCACGUUCACAGAACAACAAGACAUCUCUCGCAGAACAGGGGUCGAAGGUGAACAGUUCAGAUAUGAAGGAUGAGUCGGAGUAUUCGUUCAGUCUGCAAGGUCGUCCGUUUUUGCGUGCUCUCUAUCGGGCUUUGGAAGUUGGUCCUGGCACCGAUUACGACACACUGUUCACACUACUCCUACUACAGGCGAUUAGGAACAAUAAAGGUGAGUAUGGUCAUUGA